AUGAUUCGACAUCUUAUUCUCAUUUCAGCAGCUGUUGCCUGCACACUUUGUAACUGCCCCCUCGACUGGGCAGAUUAUGAUGGAGAAUGUAUGUUUUUUGGUCAUGAUAGGAGGGACUAUCUCGGUGCUCAGAGAGAUUGUAAAUCCAAGCAAUCAUAUCUAGCAACAAUUGACAAUGCUGCAAAAGCCACCUUUGUACGACAAGUGGUCAGUGUAAUGCACAGUAACCGUUUGUAUCGUUAUUGGACUGGGGCCUCAGAUUUUGCUAUUGAGGGCUCAUGGAGAUGGCUGGAAACCGGAGCGGCGGUAGGCCCCUACACUAAUUGGGCUGACGGACGACCAACCAAUAACGGGACAUUCAACUGUAUGAUGAUGGAAUGGGUGGGAGACGAUCUCAAGUGGGUAGAUGUGGAGUGUAACCAUAGAGACGUGACCUACAUAUGUGAAAAGCAGUAA